AAAACCAUAACUCCCAACCGUUAAUCACUUUAAUCUCUUCCACAACCCAACGGCUUAGAUUUCCCUUUCCAUUUCCGAGUUGUUCUUGAAAUCUUUGAUCUUCCCUGCCCUUCACUUCACUCUCUUCCCAUUUUAGCUCCCUCUUCGCUGGCAUGGCAUCAAAUUCUUGAUUUUUCGACGGGAAAGUUGUUGACUUUCUUGCAAUUCUAGCAGUUUCAGUAGUUUUUACAGAUGAAAAUGCCGGUUUCAACGAGAUCUCAGAUCAGUAGCAGCAAAACCAGAGGCAAGCCGGAAAAUCAAGAACUGGGGGCGGCGGCGAUGAGAAACCCGCACCAUGGGUUGAAAGAGAAGAUGAAAGCUUUGACCCUUUUGUAUGAGCAGCAAAAGCAAGCCGCCAUGGCGCUCAAGAACCAAUCUUUGAAGGCGGAUGAGCCAAGAUUCACCACGCACCCUAGUGUGGAUCUCCUCAAUUCCGCGAAAAAGGACGGAAAAGAAGACAAAGAGCCCAGACCAUUUGGGAAUGUGAUGAAGGAGAACACAAUGCCCAUUUAUCAACCUCCGCGGCAGCCGCCGCCGGAUGAGGGGAAGGAAAAUGUCGCCGCGGCGGCGGCGGCGACUGUGGGCGGCGGAGAGAGGAUUAGAAGGGCGAUUGAGACUAGAAAUGUGGCUAGGAAGCUCUCCCUUGGGACUUCAGUGAACUCAGAACCUAAAGGGACUAACAAAGAGAAUGUUCAAGAAUUAGAGAAAGUGAACAACGAGGGGGGUGGGGGGACAAGGAUCCUUGUUUUUGUGAGGCUAAGACCAAUGUCUAAGAAAGAGAGAGAAGCUGGGGCUAGAAACUGUGUAAGAAUUGUGGAUUGCAGAGAUGUUUAUCUCACUGAAUUCGCCACUGAGAACGAUUAUCUAAGGCUCAAAAGAGUCCGGGGCAGACAUUUCACUUUUGAUGCCGCAUUCCCAGAAUCCGCCUCUCAACAACAAGUCUAUUCCACAACAACAGCAGAGCUUGUUGAAGCAGUUGUGCAGGGAAGAAAUGGGUCAGUGUUCUGCUAUGGUGCGACUGGAGCAGGAAAGACACACACAAUGCUUGGCACAGUUGAGAACCCUGGAGUAAUGGUGUUAGCCAUCAAGGAUCUGUUUACUAAGAUAAGGCAAAUGAGUUUUGAUGGGAAUCAUGUUGUUCAUCUCUCCUAUCUUGAAGUCUAUAAUGAAACUGUCAGGGAUUUGCUAUCCCCCGGACGCCCUCUUGUCCUUAGAGAAGAUAAACAGGGGAUUGUGGCUGCUGGGCUUACUCAGUAUAGAGCAUAUUCCACAGAUGAAGUAAUGGCAUUGCUUCAACAGGGAAACCUUAACAGAACCACAGAGCCAACUCGUGUUAACGAAACAUCCUCCCGGUCUCAUGCCAUUCUGCAGGUUAUGGUUGAGUAUCGUUUUAAGGACAGUUCAGACAACAUUGUGAAUCGAGUGGGGAAACUAUCACUCAUUGAUCUUGCUGGCUCAGAAAGAGCUCUUGCCACUGAUCAGAGAACACUAAGAUCUCUAGAGGGGGCCAACAUAAACCGCUCACUUCUGGCACUCAGCAGCUGCAUCAAUGCACUGGUGGAGGGAAAAAAGCACAUCCCAUAUCGAAAUUCAAAGCUCACUCAACUGCUUAAGGAUUCCCUUGGUGGAGCUUGUAAUACUGUCAUGAUUGCUAACAUCAGUCCAAGCAAUCUUGUUUUUGGUGAAACUCAAAAUACUCUUCACUGGGCUGAUAGAGCUAAAGAAAUCAGAACAAAGGCUUAUGAUGCUCAUGAGGAAAUGCAAAUUCCCGAAUCAGAAACUGAUCAGGCCAAGCUAGUACUCGAGUUGCAAAAAGAGAAUCGCGAACUGCGAGCACACUUGGCUCGUCAACAGCAAAAACUGUUAACUAUUCAGGCACAGAAUUUGGCUGCAAAUGCAUCUCCUGCCCCUUCUACACUCUCCUCUCACUUAUCCCCUGCACCCUCGAGCGAGAAAAGAAGAACAAGGCCCUCUUUCUUGGGUGCCAAUUGCUUUACCCCGGAAUCCAGGAAAAAGGGAGAAGAUGAGGCUGCAGUUAAGGAGCUGAGGAAAACUGUGAAGGCAUUGGAGGCUGAGAUUGAGAGAAUGAAGAAGGAUCAUGCUUUGAAGAUCAAACAGAAGGAUAAUUUCAUUCAGGAGCUUUCGCGGAAGAGUGGAAAAGAUGGGGCAAAGAGGGUUGUUACGAGGGCCGGUUUAAGACCAAAAAUGCCACAUGAGGAUGACCUGAAGAGCCCUCGCCAUCGUUUUAUGUCCCCAGUUCCCACAUCGAAAAAGCGUAGCUUCUGGGAUACAACUACAGCUAAUAGUCCAUCACUUGCUACCUUGAAUGGGAGAAAAACCAGAAGCCAUGUCAAUUCUGAACUUUCUGCAGCUCCAUCCAAGCUUCUCCAGCUUGCAUAUCCAUGUUUCUGGUUUGUGUUCAUGGUUGGACCGCACGUGGUCUUGAAUUACAUUGCUCAGCCUGGAUUUGCUUGGCCAAGACCCGAAACUGUAAAGCCAUAAAUAAAGUUUAGUGAAGACGACGACAGUACAGAAGUGCCAAGCAGCUUGAAGAAUUUGGUAUAAACCUGCAGGUGCUAGUUUUUAUUGCACUGAAAUUCAAUUCCCAUGUUGAUUGUUGCAUUCAAAUGAUAGAUUACAGUCUUCCCCAGCGAACGUUCUUUACAAGAGCUGUUGGUUUCGUUCGUGUUAAUAUGCAGAUUGUUGCAGAUUCCAUUAAUAUUCUGAAAAUGAAUUGAGGUGGUGUGUCUCCCCCCAUAGGAUUUUUUUGUUUUUUGAUUGUUUGUUGGAUGAAACUUAUGGUGUGCUUUUGUGACAUUGUUGUAUCUUAUUUGGCAAUGUUUCAGAGUAAUUCCAUCAACUCUGUUGUUUAUAUUAUUGAUGAAUCAGAAAUAGCAGGUCAAAGUAUUCUUA